AAAAGAAACAACAAAUAAAAAGCGACCAUGGGUGUCACAUCCAGCGUGCCGAACGAGCGCCGCACAAGCAUAAAAUACUUUUCGGAACAGGAGCUUCACUGGCUGGAGAAGACGUACAAGGACCUCGUCCGUCGAUCCAACAAGAAGACCAUUGACAAGGAGACAUUUCGACAAUACUUUUCGCUGCCUGGCAUCCUCGGAGAACGGCUGUUUGCCGUGUUUGAUGUCAACAAGAACAACGAAGUCGACUAUGACGAGUUUGUGUCGGGCUUGGCGCUGUGCUUCCACGGAUCUGUCGAGAACAAGAUCAAGUUCAUCUUUGACAUGUUCAAUCUGGACGGAGAUGGUGGCGUGUGCAAGCAGGAGCUCACCACAAUGAUGUACAGCGCGCUGGCCUCGGCCAACAUUAUUCUCGCAACGAGCUACCAGCUUGACUCGCGCAACCUCAGCAAGCAGCAGCAACAGCAACAACAGCAACAACAGCAUCCGCAUUCGUCUGGCGAACCGACUUCAUCGCAAGCACAAGCGCUGUCGGGAAUGGGCAGCUCGGGCGAACUGGACAUGGUUGGAGCGUCGCAGCAUGCUUCAGCAGCAGCACCUGAGAGCCACGCGUCGCCCCAAAUGACACGACAGGGCUCGUCCACUGCAGCGUCGCAAUUGAACGGCGUCGACCUGUCUCGCGCUGUCGCAAAGAUUGUCGACGAGGCUUUCGAGUCUUGCGACACCACCAAACGAGGCCAGCUCAGCUACGAAGAGUUCCGCGAGUGGGUUCGCCGCAACCCUCAGGUGCUCGACGGCAUCUUUUCCAGUCAGCCGCUGUUUGCCCACUCGGCCAGCAUGAGGCGCUCUGCGCUGCAAAAGUCGCUCAGUGUUGUCUCGCCGGCCAUGCUGGGCCACUCGCUCGCCGAGCACAACGAAGAAGCUGCAUUCUCCCCGUCCAUGACACCAAUUACCUCUCCUCCAAUGUCGCCGACCGGUGCGGCCAGCCACAACGCGGCUCAGCUGUUUGGCUACGAUUUGGGCCCUGUGCCGUUCGUGUCCGCCACGCAAACUGCCGUCAACAUGUACGGGUCCGCGGCAGCUGCGAGCCUAGCCAUGGGCGCUGGUACUGGCACGACGGGCACUAGCACCAGCACUGGCACGGGCACCGGAACUGGCACUGCCAGUAGCACUGCGAGCGGCGGAGGCGGCUCGUCUUCCCAACCAGCAACAAUCGCGUCGUCUCUGUUUGGCGUUACUCCGCCCACCCCACUUGGCGCACCCGCGUUGAGCUCGUCGGUCGGCAGCAACGGCGGCGAUUUCUCGCUUGAUGGUCCGUUUGCCUUGACCACGCCUGCCCUGUCCACGGGAAUUGCUGUGGACGCUGUGCAGCAGCUGAGCAACAGUCCCCGCGCCACCAGCUCGCCAGCGCGGCGUCGCCAGUCCAAAGAAGGCUGGGGAACGGCAGACCAGCUUCUUGGCAGCGACGGCGACCCGAUGAGCGACUCUGAGCUUGGCACCUCGCCGCCUUCGACCGACCAGUCGCAGUUUGCAGCCCGGCCCCUCUCGUCGUACUUUGCCGACAUGGCGACCAUGCCGACCAUGCAGGGUAGCCUGUACUCGCUGACCAAGAACCCGCUCAAGCCUGUGCAUCAGCGCUACUAUGUGCUGCUCGGCGACUACUUGUACGAGUUUAAAAAGUCGACCGACUCCAAAUUCGUGGAUGCCUUCUUUUUGGGCGGAGCCUUCAUCGAGCCGUACACGUUCACGGAUGAUGACGACGACGAUGCUGGCACAGCAACGCAUCCUGAAGGCGCUCCCGCUUCGCAACCACAGCUGAUCAAGGAGAACUCUUUCAGCGUCGCUCGUCGCAGCUCGCAGCAGACGGUUUUGGGUCUCCGUCGCUCCAGCGAGCGCGGUAGCACUUCUUCCCGACGUCUUGGCAAAUCCAAAUUGCGUGAAAAGUUUGGUUUGCAGAUCGUGUUUAACGAAGAGCACUCGCUGAUUCUCUUUGGAGAUGUGGAGGCUCAAGUCGUCACGUGGCGCCAAGCGCUCGGCGUGGCAGCAAAGUUCCGCCGCAUCGAGGAUUACUAUGAUAUUUCAGGGACUGAACUUGGCUCGGGUGCUUUUGCCAAAGUCGUUCUGGGCACUUCGAAAACGUCCGACCCUCCCGCCAAGUACGCCAUCAAGAUUAUUGACAAGACGACCCUGUCCAACUCGGAGCGCGAAAGCACAGCGUCCGAGAUUGCCAUUUUGAAGCUGGUGCGGCACCCCAAUGUGAUUUCCUUCGUGGAUGUAUUUGACUCCAAGUCGACUCUCUACCUGGUGAUGGAGCUCUGCACCGGUGGCGAGCUGCUCUCUCGCAUCAAGCAAAAGGCGCUCACCGAAGACGAGGCAAGGCCGAUCAUUCGCCAACUUGCCGAGGGCGUUGCGUUCUUGCACGAGAUGGGCAUUGUUCACCGUGAUCUCAAGCCCAACAACAUUUUGUUUGUUGACAAGUCCAUCGACUCGUUGAUCAAGAUUGUCGACUUUGGCUAUUCCAAGUACGUGGCCAUCCCCGCAGACGCUUCUGCCAGCUACGCCGGCACAACCAAGUUCUGGGCUCCCGAAAUCCUCAACCAUGCCGAGCACCACAAGCCGGCCGACAUCUGGUCGAUGGGGCUGAUCAUCUUCAUCACAUUGUGUGCUGCCUUCCCGUUCGUUGGCAAGGACGAGGCGGAUGUGCUCUGGAACAUUUCCAAGGCGCGCUUUGCGACCAGCAUGCCGCAGUACAAAGCCUUGUCUCGCGAGGUGCGCGAUUUGAUUCAAAAAAUAUUUAGCCUUGAUCCCGCCAAGCGACCCACCGCGGCCCAGAUUCUCCAACACCCUUGGCUGACGGGCAUCAAACCGAGCGGCGCCACCUCCUUGACGUCUCCUCUCUUGUCGCCCGUGUUGAAUCCGUCCUCGCCUGUCUUGCAAGCCUCUCGUUGAACGAGUGUUUGCGCGUGUGAUCUUUUGUUGAUCGUUGUUGUUUGCUGUUUGGAGUGGAGAUUGUAUUUUUCGGUUGGUGCUUGUUGUCGGUUGGUUGUUUUUGCGCAGACCAGAGUGAUGGCUUUGUGCAACGAUUUUCUAUUUUGCGAUUUUUUUUCAUUUGCUUACUUUGGUAUGUUCUGUAUUCAUUGUUUGCUCAAAUUACACGUUUCAUUUGAGCACCAA